CAGAGAUAGGAAUCCGUCUCUUCGGACGGCGCCAUACACGGCCGUGAGCGCGCUGCGGAGCUUGACGCGUCCUGCGCGUCAAGCUAUUUCGUUUGCAUACACGCGCAAAACACCGAGGCCUCGCCGGUUCACGGGGACAACGACGCAACUUCGAGCGAAACACUCCGCGACAGGUAGAACAUCCCCGCGCGUGGAUCCAUCCAGGAGAGAACCAUGACGUCACCAUUGCGAGUGGCCGUGGUUGGCGGCGGCAUCGUGGGCCUCAGCGCCGCCGUGCGCAUUGCCGAGGAAGUGGCGCCCGAGAACAACCGGGUGACCGUGCUCGCCGAACACUUCAGCCCGCACACCACGGGAGACGUGGCGGCGGGAUUCUUCAACCCUUACAUUGUCCACGGAGUGUCGGAGGAGAGGCUCAGAUCAUGGUGCAUGGACGCGUUCAACUUCUACCGACAUCUGGCGGAGAGCGCCGACUCGAACGAGCUGGGUCUGGCCGUCAUGCCGGGUUACAUCCUCACGGAAGAACACACACCACGGCCUUCCUACGCCGACGCAUUUUUCCACUAUAGAGAGCUGACGGCACUGGAGCUGUCAUCGUUCCCGAAAAGAUAUAGGUACGGAACCUACGUGAUUUCGCUGACAAUCGAAUGCAAGAAAUUCCUCCCGUACCUCAUGCAACGUCUCGAGAGUCGUGGUGGACGCCUGAAGCAGUGCAGAGUCAAAAGUCUCGAAGAGCUUGCAGGCGAGUAUGACGUCAUCGUCAACUGCACGGGCUUCGGCGCUGGUACGUUUGUCCAUGAUCCCAAGGUGCACGCCAUCCGAGGCCAAACGAUCAGGGUCCACGCCCCUUGGAUAAAGCACGCAAUCAUAGCGGGGGAAGACUUCCACGUUAUACCAAACAUCGACGACGUCAUGUUGGGUGGCACCAAGGACGUGGAUCAGACUUCGCUCAUUCCAGACAGGGACAUCGCCAGGACAAUCUGGAACGGCUGCCUCGAGCUUGCCCCGAGUCUCAAGAAUGCCAAGGUGAUAGGACACUUCGUGGGCCUUCGUCCCGGGAGGAAUCCUGUCAGGAUCGAGCGGGAAGAUCUCACCUUCAAACAUGGUGGUAGAAAGGUCCCCGUCAUUCACAAUUACGGCCACGGAGGCUCGGGAAUCACCAUCGCCUGGGGAUGUGCAGGCGACGUCGUUCGCCUGGUGCGAGACGCGAUCAGCGAGCGUUCGCCGGACUCGCUCAAGACAAGAGCCAAGCUGUGAUCUGCCGGCCUUCCGAGAGUGUGACACAUUACGGAAGACGGUUUUGUGUGCGUCUUCGUCUCGGCGUCUUACAUGAUAAAUAAUGAAGAAAAAAAUGAAUAUGCCGCCAGUUUCACGCUGCGAAGAUCAUCCAGCGUUGAUGCUGUUGCCCCGUUUCACUCAGCGCCCCUCAUUGUAACAUUGUCUGUAGGUUGUUGUUGUUUUUCACAAUGCAGGAAUUUUACGCCCCAGAACAAAGAUGCGAUUGUAUACGGGCCACCGUAGAGAAAGGCUCCGGAAAUGUUGAUCAGCUGGUGUUCUUUAACGCGCGCUCACAUCGCGCAGUACACGGGCCGGCAGCAUUUCGCCUUCAUCGAAAUGUGAUUGCCGCAGCCGGUAUCAAACCCAAGCACCGUGGCUAUUGAUCCACCACGGCGGA